AUGUCUUCGCUUAUACUUAGUCAUAACGAACGUUGUGAGGGUCCAUGGGUUAAAUUACAGUCGGAACCAUCUCUCUUUACCGCUUUGAUGUAUGAUUUGGGUGUUAGAGGUGCUAAAGCAACUGAAGUAUUUGUUCUUGACCAACAAGAUAAUUUUGAUGACCUUGGAGAAAUCUACGGUUUGGUUUUUCUUUUUAAGAUGAUAGGUGAUGUAACAGGAGAUGUAAAAGGUUUACAUAAAGGUACCGAUUAUGAACCUGUUGAAGAAUAUCCACCAAACGUCUAUUUUGCCAAUCAGGUGGUGGUAGAAAAUGCUUGCGCUACCCUUGCCGUGUUGAAUAUCAUAUUGAAUUGCCCACAAUUAGAGAUAGAUCAAGAAUUAAAAGAAUUUAAAGAAUUUACUUGGGAUCUUCCACCAGCUACUAGAGGUUUUUCCAUAACUAAUCAUCCGACUUUACGUCAAAUUCAUAAUUCAAUGGCCCGACAUCCAGAAGAUUCGCUGAUAGUUGAAGAAGCAAGCAAGAAAAACGGUGGCUCCGAAGAUGAAGGCGGUGGUGAAGUUUAUCAUUAUAUUGCUUAUGUUCCCAUUGAUGGUGAAGUUUGGCAAUUGGAUGGUUUAUAUCCCCAUCCUGUUAGCUUAGGCAAAUAUUCUAACGAAAAACAAUGGUACGAUGCUGUUCGUGGUGUUAUUCAUGAGCGUAUUGACGGAUUUCAAGCGGAACAAGUAGAAUACGUUCUUCUAGCUAUUACUAAAGAUCAAAUAGGAAUUCAUCAAGAUAGAGUUAAAGAUUGUAUGUACAUCAAAAAGCUUGCAGAGAAGAGGUUGGAUGAGCUUAAUAAUGCUUGGAGAGAGAUCAAUACCGAAGAUGUCGAUUUUUCUUUUACUGAUGAUGAUGAAGAAAAGGUUAAAAAGCGUGGGAAUUAUGUGAUCGAUCUUUCGACUUUGACUGCGUAUCAUGAUGAUAUCGAAAUGAUUGAACAACUAAGAGCCAAGAUGAUAGAUGAAAUUAAAUUUUUGAUUGAAGCUAUUGAUAGAGAAAAUAAGUUGAAAAUGGUUGAGAGAGAAAGACGAACUUUUGAUUAUGGUCCAUUUAUACGCGAAUUUAUUUCAAUUCUACAUGAACGAGGGGAAUUGAAAAGCUUGAUUUCGGCAGCAGACGACAUGAUAGAAGAUGAUUAA